AUGUCCUGAAGAUUUGACUGUGCACCCAACAAAUCUACUUGGGUUUCCAAAUUUGGUCAUUUUCCAUUGCUAUAACCAAAACAUUUAAAUGAGAUAUCUUUAAACAGCACUACAUCAGCCCAGCCUCUGCCAAGAGCUCAGUUAAAAACAUUGCCUGGACCUCGUCUUAGUUCUCACAAGGGCUGGAAGCCAAGCACCCUGUCUGCAGUCAGAAUGGCGAAAGGGAAUACCUACACCAGAGGGUUGUGCAUAGUUCUCAACAUCCUGCUUGGGCUUCAUCCCUGUUAAUGUUCUAUCCUCAGAUCUUUGGGGUGAUCUUGCUCCUGUUUGGUAUAGCAAACAGUGUUAAAGUUGGACCAGUGGAGGACGGAUCUCAGAGUGUCAAUCUCAGCGUUGGCUUUGGCCUGGCCACCGUCUUCAUCUCAGUGCUGGGGGUGUACGGAGCGUACAGGGAACAAGUUGUGCCUCUCAUCCUGUACAGUGUCUUAACGGUCAUGGAGUUUAUUCUCCUCACAGUCCUGGCGAUCAUAGUAACUCUCACUGAGACACAGAAAGAGGCCAUUGAGAGGGACUUGGACAAAAUGAUCCCACUGUCUGAAGCAAAUGCAGAAUCCCAACAAAAGCUCAAUAAACUACAGCUAGAGAGUAGAUGCUGUGGUCUGAAGGAUUACACGGAUUGGAGAGAGCAGAUACCACCUUCAUGCUUCUGUCCUCCAGACUACAUAGACAGAUGUGUUGCUGUUCAUUCGUUCCGUAACGCAGAGGGGAUCCGAAACCCUCAUACUGCCACAGUGUCUUCUCGGUAUAAAGAGCGCUAUGUUUAUCACAUGACAUGUGGGCCGAUCAUAAUAGAACAAAGGAAGAAAAUCUUGAAGAUCUUGCUUGGAAUAUUCUUCACUUUAGCAACCAUAACGGUUGCCGCGGUGAUUGUUGCUUUGAUGCUGUGCUAUAAAAUCCACACACAGUCAGCAGUGGCUGGUAUCUCGCACGACAACGACAGCAGAACAAAGUACGAGCUUCAGCCAGACAGGAUGUCCUGAAGUGACCUCACCCUAACUCAACCUCCAUCUCCAGCCUUCUCCCGGGACCUGUACAACAGCAAGAAUAGUUUGGCUUUUUUGUCUUUCCAUGUUAUUACAUAUGUUACAAGUAAUUUAUCACUUGACUCCAAUCUGAACCUAAUUUUAAAAGUAAACAAAUAAAGACGUGUUUUCAUUAGUUAAUAGCGUAAGCGAAAUGUUCAGUUUUAUUACAGAUGAACGAAAAUUGUUGUUCAUAUUUUAAAAAAAAAUAUAUAAAUUAGAUUGCUUAUUUAAGAGCUUUGUGUUAUCACCUAUAAAUACAGCUGUACAUGUAGCUGUUGAGUUCAUCAAAAACAAAGAAGGCUUGCUUUUUGUUUAGGAGAUUGAGCUCCUUUAAAAAGGUACAAAUAUUCACAUUUUCACAGAACAGAAAGGAGAUAUUGUGGGUAAAAGGUGUCUGUUACGUUUUCUGUGUAAAAGCAGUAGCCAUAAAUUUAUUUGCACUGGUAUCUUAAUCUGCCAUAGCCUCUAUACACUGGGUAGUUUUUAAUAAACAUGCUACCAAUAUUCUCUAAUCUAGCUUUUAAUAAUAUCAUAUUAAUGAAUAAUGAAGAAUGAAGAAGGGGACAAAGGUUUAUGUUUAUUAUAUUUAUUAUAUUGAUUUAUAAUAUAAAAAUAUAAAAAUCUAAUGCAGGUUAUUUAUUUAAUUUAAUUUAUUUAUGGCAUAAAUAACAUGAUCAUUUAUCAUAGAUUGUUUUGACUGCAGUUGGUGCCUAUGCAUGUUAUUGCUGUUGCCGGUAACAUUACUGAUUGUGGACUAUGGGAUGUGGGCUACCACUAUGAUGAAUGGCCCGUAAUGUAGAUAUAUUAUAAGCUAUUAUUUGUCAGCUAGCACACUAGAUGGUAGGUUGCACUACAGGUGGGCUCAAAUAAUCGGAUGGAAAGAAUCACAGUUUUAUAUUUAUAGCUCCUGCAUACCGUAAAAGGCAAAUUUAAUCAAGCGAAGAGCUAAACCAGGAGUUUUUUUAAAUAAAACUGUCUAAAUUGGAUCGAGUGAAACUUUUUAUUAUGUAUGCUCCCACAUGUAUAUCAGAGCACUUUACAUUUUUUCUGGGGUUUUUUGCCAUUGCAGUCCAUAAAAUAUGAGUUAUCAUUUUAUGAAAUGUGGUUUAAGAAACUGUUUGCCACGAAAUAAAAAUAAAAUAUGCCUUUCUGCCA